AUGCUGACCAACAAAAAAAUAUAUGAUGCCGUUGUGGUGGGCUCAGGUUUGGCAGGUUUGACUGCCAGUCUUGAGCUCCUGGCUAAAGGAUACUCAGUGGCUCUCAUUGAGAAAACUGAGAGAUUGGGUGGAAACUCUGCGAAAGCUUCAUCUGGAAUUAAUGGUGUGCCCACCAAAUUCCAGGAUAAAUCUGAUGGUGACAGCGUAAGUGCAUUCGUGAACGAUACAAUCAAGUCAGGAAAGGGCUUGUCCGAUCCAGAAUUGGUGGACGUGCUUACAAGUAAUUCUGCUGACGCUAUUCACUGGUUGUCUGACAUCCACGGCGUGGAUUUGUCGUCUCUCACGGCACUUGGUGGCCACUCACAUGCUAGGACACACCGUGGCAGCGGCAAGCUUCCUCCAGGUUUUGCAAUCACUUCUGCUCUUUCCAAAAAACUUCAUGAAUCGAAUGUGGAUAUCAUGACAUCGAGUAAGCUCCUGAGUUUUCUCAAGGAAGACUCAGAGGUGGUGGGUAUUGAGGUCGAGGUUGCCGAAAAUGGAAAACGCUCUGUUUUGGCUCACAACGUCGUCUUGGCCACAGGGGGCUUCUCUGCUGAUUUCACUAGCACAUCCAGCUUGCUCCGGAGAUAUAGACCGGACCUUUUGCACCUCCCACUGACUAAUGGCCAGCAAACGACUGGAGAUGGCCAGAAAAUCGCCGAACGAGACCUCAAUGCUAAGUUGAUCCACAUGGACCAGAUCCAAGUACAUCCUACAGGUUUCGUCCAGUUGAAGGACGACUCAACGGUGUCUAGCAAAUGGAAGUUCUUGUGUGGAGAGCUUAUCAGAGGAAUCGGAGGCAUUCUCCUCUCGCUGAAGAGUGGCGAAAGAUUCGUAGAUGAGUUGAGAACAAGAGACGAGGUUACCAGUCACAUCAUCUCUCACUGCACUACGAAUGAGGACUAUCCGGCGAUUGCUGCUAUAGUUGUUGGUGAAGAAGACUACAAGAAGGCAAAGUCUCACAUUGAUUUCUAUGUCUCGCAACAAUUGAUGUUCAAAGGUGGAGUCUCUGACCUAUUAGAGAAAUUGAGAAUGGUUGAGAACCACUCUAUUAGUAAAGAAACUGUCAAACAAACUUUGGACCAGUACAACAAGGUAAGAGUGUCUGGCGAUUCUCUUGGAAGAUCAAAUUUUGGCAACAAUAUAGACGAUACGUUCUACUUUGGAUUCAUAACUCCAGUUUUACAUUUUGCAAUGGGAGGAAUACAAAUUAACGAGAAUGGCCAAGUCAUAGGUGAAGAUGGCCCAUUGCUGAAUGUCUUCGCCAUUGGAGAGGUCAGUGGAGGAGUCCAUGGAGGAAAUAGGUUGGGAGGAAGCUCGCUACUUGAGUGUGUUGUCUUUGGCAGACGGGUGGCACAGCACAUUGCUCAGGAAGAUCCCACCAAGUUGUGA